AGUGGUGUAGUGAGCUGACAGCGACAGCGACAGCGCGACAGCUGAGUGAGACAGAGUAAAUAUCUCCAAUUACACACAAUACAAAUCAACAAAAAAUCAGGACCCAUUGAAAACAAUGAAAAGCUAAAAGUUCGAUCACUUCUAUCUCUAUAGUCUGUCUCUCUUUACCUCUGCUCUGGCGUGUGUAGUUUAUUAGUGAUUCACGCAUUUGUUGUUGUUUACUACUAGUACCAACCCAAUCUAGUACUUAGCCAUAUCCAGUCACUUCACUGUUAGGCCAUUCUUCUUUCUUCUCAAGAGACGAUAUUUUGCGUGCUUUGUCCUUUGUCAAGAGCAAGUGUUAAACAAAAUAAGUCGAUAUCCUCCAACAUAAACACAGUUCUGAGUUCAGCAGCAAACUUGAAACUGACAGUCCACAGUCACAAGUGUUAAUUCUCAGCGUGGUUGUAUUUAAACAUAGCCUAGGUCGCGGUCGAGUACAAAGGACUUUUUAUCUUGCUGUGAUUUAUUAAUUUAGGCAUUUAACUUCAAAUACUUAAAUGAACUGAAUUCGUUUGUUUGGAGAGAAUUUAACUUAUAGACCUACUAAGUUAGUGAACUUGUAAGCGAGUAUCAAGUAUAUCAACAGAUCCACACAAGGUGGCCUGAGACCUGAGUUAUUCUAAGUGGAUGUGAAAGAACAGGAUUUUAGAUGGCAGCAAAGAGUUUUUUUAAUCGACUUAAGUUUUGGAAAAGGAGUGUCAAUGAAGAGCACCAAGAAUUCAGUUCAGAAUUUUUGCUUGCGAACCGGUUAAAAAUAUAUGAAAAAUAUGUAAACCAGAUUCAGAGAAUUGUGAUGUGGGAGAACCCUGCUCUCAGCAUUGUCUGCAUUCUCUCUAUCAACCUUCUUUUCUGGGUGUUUGCCUCUCUGGAGUGGAAGUUCUACGGCAUCUUGAGCAGUUUGCUGUUAGCGAUGUCAGCACAUGAAGCCUGGACGUCACAAGUGUGGCCAGAGAUUAGUGUAGCGCCAUCCCCUGUGUCAGAACGAGAACGUCCCUCCUCUACCCACCCAAGUGUGGUAGCAGUCAGUAAGGCCCUGACGUCGAGCUGUACGACAUGUAAGCAGUGUCUAGCUUGGCUGAGGAAUCUCAGAGCUCGCCAGCCAGGUCUGUUCUGUUGUUUGUCAUCUGUCGUCUGCUCGGCUCUACUGCUGCUUGGCCGCACAAUAUCUGGUCUAAUGUUGGUCUACGCUGUUGUCAUGUCACUGCUGCUAGGACCAGGCAUCUUCCACAGAUGUGUGCCUCCCCAUCUCAAGCUUACAGUCUCGCAGUACAUCACCUGCAUCAACCAAGCGUUCGUUAAAUACUCAAAUGAAGCCAGUGAUGACGAGUACAUGCCAGUUACGACCAGUGAAGACCUGGCGUUGCUCACACGAGUCAGUGAUCUACAGAACGACACUUACGAUAGUCUUACGAACCCCGGUUCUUCAUCAGACAUGGUUUCAGGACUGGAGAUUCCGUCACAUGAAGACGACUCUCUCUGUGAUAUAGAUCAGCAAUUUCUAGAUCAGCCUGACAACACUCAACAAAUAGAGUUCCAGAGUGGUCAUUUCAACGGUGAUUCAUCGAGUGAUGAGGAAGCUUUCACAAGAGAUCUGAUAAUCACAGAAGCUGAUGAGAGAGACACAGGUCACGGGCUGCAUACGUUAAUUGCACAGGCGGUAACCAGUAACGUUUUGGGAUCUGUCGGGCUACUGGCCAGCGUGGUACGACAGCGAAGGCCAACAAGACGGACAGACUCUGACAGUGAUAAUGAGGACGACUUUGAGAUCAUCAACAGAGACGAAUUGAGGGAGUCGUAGACACCUCCGUCUCCAACUACACCAGUUUCAUUAUUUUAGCAAGUUUUUAUCGAUCGAGAGAUUAUUUAUAUUUUAAUACAUUUUUCACAUUAUUAGAAAUUUCCAAUUUGUUUUGCCCAAGAGAUUUUAAGUUUAAUAAAAUGAUUUGCUUUUAGGAAUGAAUUUUUGAUAAUUGCUGUGAAUGAUAAGAAUGUAUCCAUGGUGAUUUUUUAAACAAAUUGGUACCAAUUCUUAAAGAGUAUUUUUUACUCGGUAGGGGUUUCAAAGCAGUGGUUUGAAUAGUUCUGGUUUAAAGGUUUUUUUUUUACAUUCCCAGCUUACUGCAGUUUUAGGAAAUAAAUUACUUUCAUUUCUAGGUAUCAAUAAGAAAAUAAACGUUAUCAGCAUUCUGACACAUACUUUCUCCCAUAAGCUUGUCAACAACCUUUAUCAUGGGUAAGCGGUGAGAGUACAUAUGAUAUUUUAUAGUUAAAAAUCACAAAAGUUGCAAUAGCUUUUGAACCGUAAUUGUUACAGCAAUGGGGUGUUGUACUAUUUUUUUUAGAAUUUUAAGGACCAUAACAUAUUAAUUUUGAUCAAAACCAGCUUUUCUACAAAAAUCAGAUUAUUUUGUUAGGCCUACCUAUUUUAUGGUUUUUAUGGGAAAAUAGCUAUUUUUUUCAGACUAAAGAAGAGUUUACUGCUUUUGAAAUCACUACUUGCAAAACCCAAUAAGAAAAAGCUACUUAAUGACAAUUUGGCUGUUUAUGAUAUUUCUUACCUUGUGUAUGCUUCUCUAGUUCUCCAUUUAAAUCAUGAAAGGUUUAUUUAAUCAUUUCUAAGGUAGCCUAUAUUAAGUUAUUUUAAGUUUCACUCACCUUGAAUAAACAAGGAAUAGAUAUUGGUUUAAAAAAUACAUGUUAAUGUAAAUAAACCUAACUAAAUGCAAGUUUGGCUAUAUUAGGGUGGUUGCCUAUUUAAUUUUCAUCAUUAUGAUAAUCUUAUAAUUUAUAAUCAUAGCAGAUUGCUGAUUUUAUGUGUUACAUUGACCUAUUGUUUUGAAGCACAAGUCCACACCGCUAUUUUAUAGUUUUUUUAUAUUUAACAUAAGUGUUAUUAAUGACUUUGCGUAAACACACUUUAGUCAAUUUUGGUGAGCAAGUUUCAGUAUCUACAAUUUACUUACAAUAACAUAAAUUCCACGAGAAUUUAUAAUUAAAUUAAAAAAUGGAAAAAUAAACUAGGAGCAUACAUAAAGUAAACCUGGGUUUCUAUCAGACAAUCUUGACCAAAGCCAAACAAAACUGAUGAGUAAGAUUUUAAAAUGUUAAUCCUUUCCUUUUGAUUUUAAAAAGUACUGCAUCAGAUAUGUUGAUUGAGUCCUUUGGAAUGUGAUCUUAAUGAGUGACUGGUGCUAAGUGUUAUAGAAUAAGUGUGAUAUUUGUUCAAACUAGGUUAAGAAUAUAUUUAUUUUAUAAAUCGUGGCCAAUGUGGACUUUGAUGGAAGUUUUCUAAUUCAAUCUGCGGAAGUUGUCUUGUUGUGUUCUCAACUGUUACAAAAAAACAUACCUUUGCACUGUUAUAAUAAGCAACUUUAUGUCUCCAAAUCUUCGACUGAAAUGUGUGAUUAACUUUUGUAAUUUUAUAUAACACCUUCUGCAUUAUACUCGGGUUAUUAAUUCAAAGUAAAUCCUAGAUUCCUUCAUAUCAUGUUAGUUUGUAUGGACUGUAGAUUUUAUUUGCUUCCAAAUGUAUAUUUUGACAAAAUUAUGAUAAAAAUAAAAUUAGAUCAGUUAAUAAAUUAGUUGGAAAAGCUUUCAACAAAAUAUUUUGAACCCUCUUUAAAUGUUUAACUUUCUGUUUAUUAUUUUAUGAAUUACUUGAUGUAAGUAUAGUCAGUUUUAGAGUACUGGCUAAUUUUCCAACUCCAUGACAUUAUUUAUUAUGAAGGCUAUACAAAAACUCUAUAUAAAAUACUCAAUAGAAAUAUUAUUCAAUACUUUUCCAAAUUAUACAAAUCAAAAGAGUUCCUAAAACACAACUACUGUAGAAAAAGAUAUAAGCAAUAAGUCUUUGCCAUUAUCAAAAAUAUCAAGAUGUUAUGACAAUUUUAGCAACAAAUAUAAAAUGUUUUAUUUCCCCCCCCUUUUUUAUCAACGCCAACAACUCUAAUUGCAAGUACUUCAUUUCAGCAGCCUAGCUUGUUGGUAUAAUGGUUCAAGUGUGUUCAAUUACCCAAACACUUCAUAAAUUUGUUAUGAAGAUUGAAUGGUUAAAAAAUAUGUACCUUAAUACAGAUUUGUUUGAAUGUUAAAUUGAUACUACUGAGUACAAAUAAAAGCCAAUUAUUCCUUUAGGGAUAGUUGAUAACUGAAUGAAUAACUUGUCCAUGAAACUUCUUUUAGCAAGCUUAAAAAGUAAAAAUUAUUAGUAGCAGGUGAUAUUUUUUAAUGUGCAUGACUCAUUUUGUGCAUCAAAAAAAGGGUUUACCUGAUUUAUUUGUAUACAGUGAGGUAAAUUGCCUUCUCAGUUCAUAUUAUUAGUCUGUGAAUGACUAGAUAGUGCCAAAUAAUGCUAAUCCAACUUUCUUAGGGCAGAUUAGUAUGAUUUAUAUCCAGACUUUUUUGAGCGGCAUGGAUAAACUUUACUUUCUACAAUUGAGUUUCUUUGUUGAAAAAAGCUCAACAGAAUCCACCUGUUAACAAAGUUUAAAAUACAGUUGAAUUGCAAACCCAGUCUUCUCCAAAUGGGUAACUUCCUGACAAAUUAUUUAACAUAUUCAAGUGCCAUUAUGUAGCUGUACAGAACAUUUUAAAUGUUUUAUUUAGUGUUCAACACACACUACUUCCCCAAAGUCCAUCUCCACUUUGUGUGAUACCAGUGUAUUGUACAGAACUAAGAGUGUACUUAAGCUUAAAAUGUGUGUAUUUUUAACUCAUGAUAUUUUUGUACAUAGUUACCUCAAGGUGAGAAAACUUUCGUAAUACUCCGGUUGUUAAUGUAGUAAAAAGUUAACAAGUUUGAAAAAGUUCUAAAAUAAGUGAUUGUGGAUUUGUUUUAUGUAUAUUUUUUCUUGUUGAACCGACACAACGUUUUGGAAUACCUAGAGUAGAAUUUAUAACUAUGUAUUGUAUACAAUUUCUAUUGUACGUUUUCUCCGUCUUAGUUUACAUAUGAAUAAUAAAGUUUUUCAAUUUUAA